GAUCAUCCGUGCUCCGCGUGGCGGUGGCCUUGCGGCGCUUCGAAGAGCGCUCUGCGAAGGGGACGAUGCCGCCGUUCCCACAGAGGAGCGGAGUGGAAGUGGUGCAAGGCGUGGCAGGCGCGGCGGCGUUGGGGAUGUCCGUUGCCAAAAUGCAG